AUGGUCACCACACAUCGGGUCAGACGACCCUCAAGUCUACAGCAGACCGAGCCACUUGAGCAUACCGAACCUCGGCACGGGGUUGUCUCUCUUUUGAGGCGUCCGGCUGCCCAAUGCCUGGAACGCCCCGAUCGGAGCGUCAGUGAGCAGAAAGGACCGGUCAAGUUCUCCUCUCCCACACUCUUUGGCGACGGUGGGAGCGAUGGCACAUUUGCCGACCUUACGGACAAGCCAAGUUGUGCUGCAGGCCUGGCUCAUCCCCCACACUUGAUACUCAGCCCACCAGAGGCUGGCGCCGGACUUCUCGUGUGGCAACCCAGUGGUCAGGCUCCGCCUACGCGACCGGUUCGUCGAGCUUUCGGCCUACUUCCUGGCGGGGGAGGCUGGUUGGAGCAUAGAACGGCAGUUCAGAGACGGCAAAGAUUGACCAAAGGAUCGCAUCCCAUGACUUUUAAGACCGAAGAGGGAGCUGCAAGUCAAGGUCUGUAUGCGUAUGAGUGUGUGUGUCACCGUAGUCAUCAGCCUACCGGGCCUUAG